AUGUAUCGUGCGUUCUGGAGGCCCUGUAUCUACGUCCCUUCAUUCAUUGCUACACUAUAUUCGAAGCUCUGUGGUUUCAUUGUCCGGCUUAUAGCAGAACCCCCUCCGCCGCCACCUGCACCUGCACCUACACCUGCACCCCUACCCCCAGCUAAAAUGGCUGACCCUGUCAGUACCGUGGACCAACCGGAUGAGGAAAACGAGGCCCAGCCUGAUACUGGAGCCGAUGGCCCCAAAAAGGAUACAGGAAAGGGAUCUAAACCCUUGGUCGAAGAUGAGCCUCCCCCUAGUGGUCCUUGGGGAAACAGAUGUGUGACGACUCGGCGGGCUGGAAUGAAGAGGCCACCAGAGGGGGACUCAAGUCUGAAUGUCCGGAUCAAUAUGGAUCUCAGAGCGGAUGUUGCGUUGGAACUCCAUGCUGUGCUUCAAGGUGAUAUUACUAUCGGUUUAUUCUAG